AUGGGCAAAUUGACCAGCACCAUCGGUAUCCCCAUCAAGCUCUUGAAUGAAGCUCAGGGCCACGUCGUAACGCUGGAGAUUACUUCGGGGGUGGUGUAUCGAGGAAAGCUCUUGGAAGCUGAGGAUAACAUGAACGUCCAGCUCAAGGAUAUCACAGUCACUGCUCGUGAUGGUCGCGUGUCGCACCUGGACCAGGUCUACAUUCGCGGAAGCCACGUCAAGUUCUUCAUCGUGCCGGAUAUGUUGAGAAACGCACCCAUGUUCCGUUCGCGCGGCCAGCGUGGUAGAGGUGUCGGUCUUGCUCGUGGUAAGGCGACGGUGCAGAGGGCUCGGGGACAACGGAGGGGUUGA